AUGGAUCUCAAACGAAUUAAUCUAACCAAAAUAGACAUUCAUCAGAUUGUUGCUGAGCACUUUGCCGGAUGUAAGGAAACACGAGCCUUAAAGCAGUGGCGUGUAAUUGGAGCUGAGCUAGAGCCUUUCAGUCCCUGUCCGGAAGGCUUUUUGUCAGCUCAUUACGACCUUAAGGUGACCAUCGAAGUUGCAAUCGGAAAAACAGAAAAGCUCAGCUUUUUUGUCAAAUGUUCGCCCGUCGACAAUCCGGCAUUAGCCUGUUACCUGAAGGAGAUUAGAAGCUUUCACAAGGAAACUCACAUACUGAAAGACAUUGUUACUGCUAUACAACAAAAUUGUCCAUGGCGUACGAUCGCACCAAGAGCGCUUUGUGCAAAGGGGUUGAAAUUACUCGUUAUGAAUAAUGUAAAAUUGCACGGCUUUGCAGUGAUAAAACAAGAAAGCGGUUUAUUGGAUAGAUCCUUUCUCCAGCAAGCCUUAGAAACGUUAGCAUGUCUACACGCUGGUUCGCUUGUGGUUGAAGAAAAGUGCGGAAAAUCACUUCCUGAACUAUAUCCAAAUGUCCUCGAAGAAAACGCAUGGGUUACUACUCCAAAUAGUACACGCAUGAAAGAUGUUGCAAACGUUAUCCAGCUUUACGCGGAGCUUGUCCAGGACAGUGACAUGUGGGACGAGUCCCACAAGAAAAUUAUAUUAUCACAAAUGCCAGAACAUUUCCGAAAAAUCUACACCUUUACCGCGCCAUCAAAACAAUUCCGUAAUUGUCUCAACCACGGUGACCUCUGGUGUAAUAAUUUGAUGUUCAAAUGUGAAUCCAAUGGAAAACCAACCGAGUGUAUACUGGUAGACUAUCAGAUGUCCCGCUAUGUGCCUCCCGCCUACGACAUUAACCUGUUACUCUAUCUUACGACAAGUCUCCAAAUGAGAAAUGAACAACGAGACAUCCUUUUGGCACAUUACUACAACUGUUUCUCCGAGAUAUUGCAUAAAAAUCAGUUAGAUGCAGCUAAUAUCCUUCCAAGCAACAUAUUCCUCGCAUCGUGUGAACAUUAUCGACUAGCAGGACUUAUUCACUCCACGCUGAUAAGUGCAGAAGUUACACUACCUAGUGUGUUUUUGGAAGAAGUAUUCAACUGUUCGGACUCAACAGCCGGGUUUAUGCCUGAAGCCAAAGUGAAAGUUUGCAUCAAUGCGUUUCGUUCAAAUACCACAUACAGAAACCAUCUUCUUGAACUGAUGGGAGAGCUAUUUUCACACAUUCAAAUCAAAACUUAAAAUUACUCCGCUUUUUCUUCCCCGUAUUGCUAUCUACAUUUUUGUAUCAAAUAUUAAACUCUAUUUUGUUUAUGGUUCGAUUGAC